AUGCCAGGAGGUCUGGAGAAGGCGUGUCAUCAGUGCAUUUCUAAGAUCGCCAGCAAUUUCUGCUUCGUCUCUGCGCUCUUCGCCUUCCUGGCUCUGCUGUUGUCCAGGGCCUUCACAGGAGUGAAGUUUUUGGAGGAUGACCCCAUCCAGCCCUGCAUUCCUCUAUAUUUGCUAGUGAGUGGGAUCGUCAGGGCCUUAAUGGUGUCACUCCUGCUGUACGACUCCACCAGGAUGAAGUGGCUUCUUUCCAACUCCGUGGUGAUCGAUGAUGAUGAUGAUGGUACAUACCCCUGGAGGCAGAAUGUGCACAAAUGUUAUAUCUACAUCAUCCUCAGCUUCCUCCUCUUUCUCUGGUUCAUCCUGGGAAAUUACUGGGUCUUUUCUGUUUACCUGCCUGAUUUUAUUCCACCUUUCCAGCAGCCUCAGGAUUACCGUGAGAAAACCCUGUACCUCUUUGCAGUUGGGGUCCUCGUGCUCAGCCACAGUGUACUGCUCUUACUCGUCCCGUGCAGUGGUUGUGUCUAUGUCUGGUCCAGGAGGAGAUCUGCUGUCGAUGAAGACAGGACCACCACCUCCAGCACACACGCUCAUGCACAUGCACACAGGUAUGCAUGCACUUAACACACAGACACAUGAACACACACAAACACAGACACGUGCACAUUGUUGCAGGAGAAGAGCAUGCUGUAAAGGCAGUAAUACUUUCCCUGCAGGCAUUUGAGAAACUACCGAAAUGUACUGAGUAUUCCAGCAGACUGAAGAAACUCUUGCCUUUCAGAGUGGGAAUUUUGCACUCAUAAGAGUUUUCAAGGGAUUAUUUUUUUUGAGGGGAUGAAGUAAGGGAGGUGAAGAAUGGGAGACCUUUUCAAAUCACGGUGCAAUUCCAAUGACUGUUACAAGAGCGAGGUUUGUUGUUGUUACUAUUGCUGCCUCUGUGCUGUCAUCCAGCCAGGGGCACCUUUAAGUUAUAGAAAGAGCAUGGACUUUAAAUAAGACACAUCUUAGCUCUGCUUGCAGCGAUGGCUUUUGUUAUCAAAAGGAGAAAGAUGCUCUUACUUAAUGACUCCAGCUGCCUUUUAGGAAAGUUAAGGAGCACUCUUGUUCACUCCCAAAUAGAUGGGUUUGAGCUGGUAGGUACGGGCCUCCCAAGGACAGUUAUAAAACCUGCCAAGGUCAAGGAAGCAGAUUCUACAUGGGGGCUCUGGGCUGGCCCAGUAGCCUAGUAUCGUAGAGAGCAGCCAUCCUUUCACGGUGGGCUCUGUGUGGUGUCUCUGCUUGGCCUCGAGUCUGCUUCUUUCCCUGGUUAUCUGAGUACGUCUCUGUGAUUUGCUGAUGGCAUAAACCAGUUUUGUGUGUUUCUGCUGGGCUGUAUGCAGUGUUGUUAAUGUAGGUAUUUUUUGGUCUCUGAGUUUAAAUACUACACAGUAGUAAAUCUACUUAACGCCAGGUUAGGGUUUGGAAGCCUUCCGUAAACCCAUUUGUCUGGAAGACCAGGAGGACACCCAACAGCGAUCGCUAAUAUCCCCUCUCGUUGUUGUUGUGAGUUGAAGUUCCUGGGAGCUGGGGGACCUGUCAGUGUGUCUGCCCUUGCGGGGGAGUUUUCAUCCUUUCGAAUUUUAGAUAAAGACUCUGUCAUGUGUGUUUCUAGGGGCAGUGCCCAGAGGGAGCGUGGCACCUGCGUAAUUGUGCUUCUAUCUCAGUGGCACGCACAAACCAACCCCUGAGUGGCCAUCAAUGACGGGCACCUCCCUUUGUGAGAAAUAUCAGCUCAAACCAAGAGGCUCUCUCCUCUCUGUAGCUUUAAGAGAACAGGACCCGUGAGUUCCAUGGAGAGUUCCCACUGAGUUUGGAGGCACUCUCUGGGCAUCUGUUACCUAGAGUCACGUUUGGUCCUGGUUUCCCUCCCGGAUAAGAAGAAGGUGCUGCCUGCGCCCUCCGCUGGGCAAAGGGGGGAAAGCCCUUAUUCUGCCCCAUCCCUCUGCACACUUUCUGGUUUCAUUUUCACUUGAGCAGUGGAACAAGAUCAGGGGCUGAGCAACUUGUGAAUCCUGCCCUCAUCUUGAUGUCUCAUGCCAUUCUCAAUGUGCCCUUUAUCGCCCCUUCCAUGCUGGGGUCCCAGGAGAGUCUGCAGGUGCAGACAGUGGGGCAGGCAAGGCGUUCCAUGGGCAACCGUCCCACCCUGCUUUCCCCAGAGAUGACUCAUCAGUCACUCCCAGACACUAAGCUAAUGUUUGGACACAAAUGAACACAGCUGAAAGCCAACAGAAUUCAUUUCUAAGCUCAGUCCAGGCCACACAGCAACCAGCACCUCCCUUAAUGUCCCUGACACUAACUCCUGAGCAGGAGACUCAAGAAGAAUGUCCAGGCUCUAGCCUAAAAAAGUAAGCCAAGGCUGUACAGACAGGUGGGGGAAGCUGGACUCUGUAUUCAUGGAGGAGAAUGGCCUGACCCCCUCUGGAGAGGCAGGCUCCCCCGGCACACAGGGACCACACCACUGGCUCAGGCACACUGUAGCCUAGGAUGGCAAACAGGUUUGUUCUCUCCCACUUGCUCCAGUCAUAGCUGUACAUUGUGUUGGGAAUGACUCUGCGGCUGCAUCAAGAUUCAGCAAGAAAGAGUGCUGGGAUUCAAGAGUCAUGCCUGCCUGGGGCACGGAGGGGAGGGGGCAACAGCCAUGCCAUGAUCGACAACUCCACCCACACGGUCCCAUGGGGUGACUCUGGGGUUCUGGGGACUGAGAAAUUGGAGAUUCUCCCACUCAGAUCUCAGCACUGUCCUCCCUUCACAGUGAUACUAGGAUACUUUGCUGGUGGCCUCGUGAGGGGCUUACGAGGAGGAGUCUGGCCACAGAGAGACUAUGAGAAGGAGAGGAUGCACAGCUGCCUCCUCUCCUCCCUGAGGGUGUGUAUCACUGACUCUGCCUCCUCUGUGAGCACCCAAGACCUGAGCCCCGGGAGCCUGCACUCCUCCCACACGAGUGCUUCUGAGCUUUGUUGCUGGGGCCUUGGCAAAGGUAGAAAGAGCUUGCGAAAAAAUCCUGGGCAUAAAAUGCCUGUUAGCAGCUUGUAAAUACUGGCUAGCGCUUUGGGCACCUCAGCAGGCAGGCCUCGAACGCUGGAGAGUCCCAGUUUCUGACAGGCGGGAAUCUCCCUGGAGUGUUGCAGAAAUCUUUAUCCUGGUAUAGACGACGACCUAUCGACUAUGCCUGUGGAAGCAGCAAAACAUUCCUUUGCCCAGAAACGGCUUGGUGCAAGGAUUUAUUUCCUUCCUUCCUUUCGCUAUUUACACCUUAUUUCACAACAAAUUUGGAUGGUCUUUAACUACUAUAUUCGAUAAAACAGAAGGAGAAUAUAUAGCUAAAAAUAGAACUGUAGGAAAAGCUAGAUGGUUAGAAAGGAGAGGUUCUCUGUUUUUUCCCACCCCUACACACCAGAUUCUCACUGUAGAGAAAGUGGUGAAGAAGUGUCCUCAUUCUCCUAUGUCCCCCUCCCCAGUUACAGUGGAGAGUGUUGGUCAUAGGUCCUGAAUAAGUGCUAAAACCUGGACUAAAUUGGUGGCUUUGGGUUUCCUCGCCACCAAAGCAGUAAAGAAAAUAUGAUGAUCAGCUAUGGGUUGCACAUUUUCCAUGGAGUCAAAAAUAUGCUCCCCAUCCGCUCCCCACCAAGAAACACAGGUUAAGUCUGAACGAUCAUGUUCCUGUGCAUCAAUUCAUAGAGGGGACACUGAGAGAUCCAGAGGGUGACAUCUUCAGCAUGCUGUACCAACACACCAGCAGGCUGUGAAUGAUAAUGUACUAGGGCCCCUUCAAUGGUGGUGCGAUGGUUAUGAUGAGGUACAUUUCAGGACAGAAGUUCUGGGGCCAAGGCAAAUGGCGCACAACUGGAGUUCUCUGAAGUCUGGCUUACCAGAGGUGACUUCCAGAUUGUCUAGGAAGUGAUGGGCUGCAUGCUCUUUAAGUAAUUCCCAGUUAGUAUCAUUUCCCUCAUCUGGGCUUUUGACAGAGAUGAGCAUAGGAAGCUCAUGGUUAUAAUUGCUGACAGGACCCUGGAGUGCAGACAUUCUAUGCUGGUGUUAAGUGGGCUGAACAUACCUGGAGACUGGAAUCACCUGGCCAACAGUGACCAAAAGACACGACCACCUCUUGUGUGGAAACGUCAUAAGGUAACAGUAUUCCAGGGAAAUGAACAUGGUAACACCUGAACUUUCUGGAUGUUAUGAAAACUCAAAGAACAAAUCCGUAUAACUGGGAGGGAUUGUUCUCCUCUGAGAAAAGAUUGCUGCAAAGGUCAACUACACAUUGAAGUCAUUUAAUUUUAUUUGCUACAUUGGGCAUCAUGCUAAAAACCUUCUUGUUCCUAUUCUUUGCCUGAAUCUACAGAGACGGCAGUUGAAGGCAGUAAAAAUGGACCGUUUCACUGGGGUCAGCCACAUUACUGGUUCUCACACCUCAGUGAACCAUCAGAACCACCCAAGGGUUUACUCAAAGUGGAGAAUCACAGCACCCAGAGAUUCUGAUUCGUGGGGCCCCACUGAUUCUGAUUCUGCAGGUCAGAGAACCACACGUGCCCUCAGACCACAUAGGAGGCACAGACUGACCCUGACUGUCCCAUCUUGGUUAUGACCAUGAGGCAGUAUGAUACUACCUCCAGUAUUUCAUGUUAUUUUCAUUUGAUUCAGCAUGAGAAGAGAAGAGCCACAGUGGUCCGUAACUUUCAUGUUUGUAUAACUGAAUCUUGUGCUUCAUUUCCUUGUGGGCAUUUUUCAUUGUUGGUGAAAUAAACUUGGUACAAUUUGUUCCUUCAUGCCUUCCCUGAAGACCCUGGGGGAGAUCAUCCUCCAAGCCUGGGGACACUUCACUAGCUCUUUCUUCCAGUGGGAUUACCAUGGGUCCAGACUUUGUACACAGAAGCUGACAACCAUUGGGGACCCAUUCUAGGCAAAUCUUGCUCCAUCAAACUCAUAAUCCUCAGGUGGGUAGAUGAGUUUGUAGCGGAGAUUCUAGGAAAAUGAAUUAACAGAAAACCCUUCUUACUGAUUCUAGAGGUAAUUUCUCUUUUUAUGAGCAUGGAACUGGGAACAAAACAAAUUUCUCUUCCAUAGAAAUCGAAUUUCAGUAGUUCCCUCUUCAGGUCAGCUUGGUGUCAUGGCAGCCAAGUUAUCUUGGGAGACAGCAUUUUGCUACUGCUAGCACAAAUGAAAUAGGAGGGGAAUGUUUUUCAAAUACAUCUUCUAUUGUUUUCUCUAGAACACUUCCUUUGUUGAAUAAGUUAGCUUUUAAAGCUUAAAACUUUCUUUCUGCAUUGUAUGGAGGUAAAACUCCACUUCACAGGCAAAGAACAGGCAACUUGUCCUUUCUGCUUGCACCAUACCAGGCGUGGGACUAAGGGUUUACACAUACUACAUGUUCUAAUUGGGCUCCUAAAAUGUCUCGUGACUCAAAAUGUCCCUCUGUCCUGACUGCCUCCUAUUCACCCUAUUGGUAAGGGGAGGGACCCCUGACCUAAAUAUCAUAGCCAAAUGCACCACAGCUGACACUGAACCGAUGAGAUUGACAGCAGUUUAUUAGUCACCCACACUCACAGCCUGGGGGAGGACACAGCACACUAUGCAGGCCACAUGGAGGUUACACAUAGGAAGAGAGUGAAGAACCAGGGCUGUGAGGGGUCAUGCUUUGUAGUAAUAAGAGGGUGGGAUAACCUCUGGUUCCCGUGGGAGGAUGUGAUUGGCUUGUUUGAAUAAUGUCACUGGCUGGCAGGAAGCCGAGGCCCACUAGGUUGAGGACUGGGUGGUGUGCAACCAAUCUGACUGGGAGGGCAACAGCCAGGUGGGGAGACCUUCUCGCUGGGUCAGGGGCAUGUCUGGUGAGAGCAGGUGAAUUCUUGGUUAGGUCUUUGGGUCUCUGUGAAGCUCAAGGAUGUCAAGGCUGCCUGUGAAAUUUUAGGCCUUACAAUACACCUUCCAGGAUCAACCCCUGCCUUUAGUAAUUGGCCAUAUUCCCUGGGUUACUUAGUCCUGGUUUCAAAGCUGACUUUGAACUUUCUCAAUAACCCAAGCAGCAAGGGAGAUAUAAUCAAGGAUAAGAUAUACAUUGUCCAUGAAGUUUCCAAGAAACCCUCCCCAAGCAUCAAUACCCAGCUUCACUCACUCACUGUCUCCUUCCUGAACAGCUCUGCUCCUGGUCGGCAGCUCUGAGCUCCUCCAGCCUUCCAAGGAUUUUCCCCAGGAUUGCAGAAAUCUUGCAGUCUGAUUGGAUUCUUCCAAACCAAUUUUUUUACUCUUUAUUUUCUUCAUUUAAAUAUUUCAGCCUUUAAAAUGUCCUGUAGCCUGUACU